AUGGCUCGCACUUCUGCGCUUGCCGCAGCCAUGCUGCUGGCCGCUGCUUCUGGUCCCCUGGCGGCAGCAUCACGCAUCACGCAGUUUGAUCGGCGGCAAGCCACCGCUACGCCUACACCCACGGCCGCGAGCAGCAUGACUGCCGUCUCAUCGUGUCACCGCCACGCCAGCGAGGUGUGGUGCGAAUUCGGCACGACCGAGUAUGAGGUACAGGUGCCUGCCACCAUGACCGGCCCUCUGCCCUCUGCUUUCACAGACUGCCACUCUCAUGGUUCUGACACAUUCUGUGUCGAUAAUAAUGGUGACGAUGUGGAGAUUCUCGGCUACCAGCCUGCCGCGGCGACAACAGCUGGAGACAGCCACGGAGAGGAGGGCCACAACCACGAGGGCGAGGGCGAGGGCGAGGCUGCACAGGACGGUAACGUGCACUGUCAUGACCACGCUGGUGUCGAGCACUGUGUCGGCGGCAGCGGCGCCGAGGAGGUCUCUUGUGAGGGCAAGGACCGCGACUACAAUAUUGGCCUCCGCAUCGGAAUGAUAUUUGUCGUGCUGGCGACGUCGAUGAUCGGUGUUCUGGGACCCAUCUUCCUAGCCCCUGUCUUGCCUCAGAAGGCGCAGGUUGUUUUUACCGUUAUUAAGCAGUUCGGAACUGGCAUCAUCAUCUCGACUGCCUUCAUUCACCUGUUCACUCAUGCCCAACUCAUGUUUGGUAACCAAUGCGUGGGCCCGCUCGAGUAUGAAGGCACCACUGCUGCAGUUGUCAUGGCUGGCAUCUUCUUGGCCUGGCUCGUCGAGUAUGGCAGCCACCGUGCGGCUCGCAAGUUCUGGUCAAACUCGCACUACAACGACGAGGUUGUCAGCGUCAUUGUACUGGAGGCUGGUAUCAUAUUCCACUCUAUCCUGAUCGGGAUCACCGUCGUUGUUGCUAGCGACCAAUACUUUGCUGGCCUGCUGGCUGUCAUCAUCUUCCACCAAAUGUUCGAAGGCAUUGCCCUGGGCAGUCGCAUUGCUGCGGUCGGACACCACGUGCGCAACAUGGCUGCUGCGCACACUCAUGCUCACUCGCUCCCAACCGCCCCUGCUGAGUCCAAGAGCGCCAACGAGACCGACGGGGGCGUGGUCAGCGAGAACAGCAGUGUCCCCUCUGAGACGUCUAGUGUGGGCUGGAAGACUCUCUCGCUGCCCAAGAAGCUCCUUAUGGGAGUCGGCUUUGCCAUCACCACGCCCAUCGGCAUGGCCAUUGGCACUGGUGUCCUCAACACGUUCAACGGCAGCGACCGACGCACGCUGAUCGCCCUAGGCACUUUGGACGCCGUGUCUGCUGGUAUCCUUGUCUGGGUUGGUGUAGUCGAGAUGUGGGCUGGUGACUGGAUGUUUGGCGGAGAGCUGGCGGAUGCAGACCUAUGCACUACCUUGAGCGCGGGCGUCGCGCUUGUUGCCGGCUUGGUGCUGAUGAGUGUCCUCGGCAAGUGGGCUUAA